AUGGCCUCGGCCGCCGAGCCUUCGCAGGACCAGAAAAAGCAGGAUGAACAACGACAGCUCCGCCGAGUGGCCGGUAGAAGACGUUCUACUGGAGGCAACCGCUCCAGCUGCUCUGUUUCCGACUCGAUUAGUAUGGAGGAACCCAAACCCAGUGGCGGCGCUGCCGCACCUGCAGGCGGCACGACGGUGAAGGUGGCCAACAAGAACGUGCAGGCGGGGUGCGUGCUGUGCGACCCGCUUCCCGAGAUUGUUAAACCCACGAACAUCAUCGUCGAAGGCGUCGAACCGGUCAGGAAGUCCAGUCUACGUAGCUCAGGAAGCGCCAGCGCCACACCGGAGUCGAGCAGUUCGAGCAAGAAAUCAGUUUCUUUCAACAUGUAAGUCACUGCGAAUUCGC